ACAACGCUUGUAGAUUUUGUAAACGGCACAGUUCGCGCGACGGACAGAUUGAAUGCUUGUACGCGCUAAGUAGGCGAUUUAUAAUGCGCAUGAUUGGUAAGGUUGUUUUGAGUUACGCGGGCAACAGCGCAUUGUCAGAUUAUCAUCAUCAACAUUUGAUGUACCUAAAAGGCCCCUUGCGGGGUACUAUAUAAGGGGGGAGCAGGCACAUUAGUAAUCGCAGUAGUCAUGGAAACCACAACAUAAAAAACAACAUAUAAACAUAUCGGGUGCGCAGAUGGUAUGGCUGUUGAAGGCAUCGAUAACGUAAUGCAUGGCAGAGCUGUCAGUUAAGUAAUUAUUUCUGGAACUAUAGGCUCUCAGUAACUGCUUAACUUUUUGUCAAUCGCGCUAAUUAACUCAUGAUUUUGGCCGCUCAUUCCACUGCACUGUACUCACAAGCAAGCACGAUUUAUUGAAUGUAGCAGUAGUACAAUGCAGGCGCCGUACACUUAGGCUACUAAAUAGUCGGUGAGAAGUGCGUUGCUGAAGAAUCAGUGCAUUAUUGCGCAAGUGUGGUAAAUAGUAGUAGAGUUUGUGGAAAAGGCACAGUUAAGAUCAGAGGUUAAGAUAUGAGCUGACAGUAUUACCACUUUUGAGCUAGUCAUACUCAGAUGUUACGUAUCUCGAUGCACGAUUCUGGAUGGCUUCCAACGCAAUAAUUAGGUUAGUCUGACAAGGGCUUCCAAGUGGUGACGCAAAUUCUAGAUUAGCGCGAAUGAAUGUUGCGCAAGCAAGCUUGCGGAUACAAGAGAAGAUGCGCAAUAAGGAGACACGCAGGAAUUUCCCGUGCUGAUUUGCAUUUGAACCUCGGUUAUAUCCACGCAGUUGUUGCCACUGGGACCACUAUCUCAGCAUGGCCCGUCCUACGAGUUGGCCAUACUUGAAGCUCGCAACCGCCGUCACCAUUCUUCUUUUUCUGUUCCAAGCCGGAAACGCCCAGAGCAACAUUGCGAACUACGCUGGCCGUGUGCUGAACGAUCUCUUCAAGCCGGAGAAGUAUGACAAGCAAGUGCGACCGGCAGGAACCAACGAGUCGACGGGUCCCGUGAUAGUCUUCACCAACAUGUACCUCCGUUCGAUAGACAACAUCGAUGACAAAAAUAUGGCGUUCGACGUGCAGCUCACAUUUCGUCAGAAGUGGAAAGACGAGAGACUCAAGUUCAACGACCUGGGUGGUCAAAUAAGGUAUGUCAUUCUGGAGAACCCUCACAAGCUGUGGCUGCCGGACCCGUUCUUCUCGAACGAGAUCACCGGAUCCUUUCACAACAUCAUGAAGCCGAAUGUACUGGUCAGGAUAUAUUCCGACGGAGGCGUGCUCUACAGCAUCAGGGUGUCGCUGAAGCUGUCGUGUCCCAUGAACCUGAUGAAUUUUCCGUUUGAUCGACAAACUUGUUCGAUUAUUACAACCAGCUAUGCCCACACCACAGAAGACAUAGUGUUCUUGUGGAGACAGAGCGAUCCUGUGCAAGUGAUGAGGAGUCUGCACCUUCCGAAGUUCGCUCUAACAAAGUUCCGGACAGGCGACUGUUCUUCAAAGACUAAUACAGGCGAGUACUCCUGUCUUCGACUGGACUUAUCGUUCGAACGGGAUCGAAACGGUUACAUGAUCAACAUAUACCUGCCGUGCAUCAUGUGCGUCCUGUUGUCCUGGGUCGCUCUCUGGAUCAGCAACAGGAACACGGCCGUGCGCGUGUUCGUGCCCCUGGUCGUGCUGCUGGUGAUGGCGAUGCUCGUAUCCAAGUUUAACCAAGACGAGCUCCCGCACACUUCGUACACGAAGGCCGUGGACACGUGGACGGGAGUCUGUCUGACUUUCGUCUUCCUCCUGCUCGUCUACGUCACAGCAGCCGACUACAUCGUCCGCGUGACUCGAGGUGGUCAGGAUGCGUCAGCUUCACCGAGCGACGAGAGCAAGGUUGAGGAAGCGGGCAAGCCGGCUCCUGGAUCGGCCAAGACGUCCUUCUUGCAAACCCUGAGAGCGUGGUUGCAGCGACCGAGGUCCACGCCGAAUAAGAUGGACAUCGUUGCACGGAUCGCUUUUCCGCUGUGUUUCAUACUGUUCCUCAUCAUCUACUUCAGUGUACAUGCAAGUUCAAACGCUGACGAGUAACGCAGGUCUCUUCCGAGCUCGCGCGACCGUAUUCAGCCUUCUGAAAUGCCCUUCUGAAAUGGCCUUCGCUCUCCCCUGCCGCGUAAACUAGUGCCAUACUGCCUCGAAACUUGCCGAGAAUGCCACAAGAAAUGUUUUCUCACGCUGCCUGUAGGCCGGCGUCUAGAGGCGAGCAGAAAGAUAUUGAACUCUCUUUUAACGUAGCUGGUCGAAGUACCGUCCUCAUUAAGGACACGCAAGCCCUCUGUUUAUUCGAUGAUUGCACACACACACACGCACCCCCCCCCCCCCACACACACACACCACAAGCGCUGUCAUGUGCGCCUCAGCAACCACGUGUACAGUCAUUUACACGCAAUAACACGGUCGUGUUAUUCAACGAUGUCCGCGUUUCCAGCCAUUUCUCAAAAGAUGGCGAGGUUUUUUGUACCGUGUCAAAGUAACCAUGCACGCUAGAUGUUCACUACGAACGUCUGUCGUGGUCCUGGUGGUCAAGAGAAGGUGGUUUCGCUUUCUUGCCUCAAUGUGAAGUAUAUAAUUAUUAUCUCUUGAAGGUGUGUUGCGCAUGCAAACUGUCAAAGGAAAUGCUAAGCGAGAUGGACGUGUACACUCGAUGUUGGGUGGAUGCACAUCUCAUAAUAGCAAUUUUGAUGGCGGAUGGCUUCAAGUCAAGUACACCCGUCGCGGUGGCUUACUGCAUUAGUGUUGCGCUGCUAUAAGCACGAGGUCGCAGGAUCAAGUCCUAGCCACGGUGGCCGCAUGUCGAUUUCCCGUCCAUUGGGGCGACAUUAAAAACCCCCUGCUGCUCAAAAUGUAUCCGUAGUCUCCCACUACGGGGCGCCUCAUAAUCUAAGCGUGGUUUUGGCUUGCAAAACCCAAGAAUUCAUUCAUUCAUUCAAGUCAAGUACAAUUACACAGACGCAGGAGUGUUGGCCUUUCACUGAUAAGCGGGAUCCACUAAGAAAGGGUGUCCACCAAAUGCGGCCUUCCAUAGUUGCGCAUAGAGAGGGCCAAAUGCCAGAAUACUCACGCGUGCACUGUGUAAUAGAUCUACUACGAGCGCUGUUUUAAAUGUCGUGUGGUUUUUAUUUGAGACAGAGAGAGAUAAUAAUUUGUCUCGUGGAAGUGUCUUGAAUGUGCUUUGCAAUGAAUUCGUGUGCUUUCCGAAAAUCAGUGGCGAAUGCUGCCCUGAAGUGCGGUUCUGUAGGCCCAAAACACCGCUAACGAUUUGUACGCAGCGCUUUUAUGCAAAGAAGCUUGUUUUUCUUCCUGAUAACGCCCCCCCCCCCCCCCUCAUGAAGGCAAGCCUAGUCACUUUUCUUUGCCGGUGACAGAACAGAGUCCCGAGUGAGAGGUGGAUAAUAUCGAAGUAACUCGCUUCCGCCCCUCGUUAUUUUGCUUGUCAACAAGAACAUAAAUUACACUGAAUAAGGUCAGUUGCGAGAUGCCAGAACUGAGAGAUGUACGUAAUUCGGAGCCACGAAUGUUCGUGUUCGUAAAGUACCCUUCUGCGUGAUUCUCCUCGCUCUAUUCGCAUGCGAUUUAGUAACUUCCGUAAAGACAUAACUAAGCAGAAGGGCUCAACCACAAAGAAAAACACACGGAUACACCUCACAGGCUCUUGUCCUACUUUAGUAACUUCCGGCCUUUUAAGUUAUCCUGUCUGCUCUUUCCAUGUUUUGUGCGCGGAAUUGUGAUUAUGCUAUAACCUUUUCUGUAUAGUCAUGCCAUUAUUCUUCUUCUUUUUUGUUUAUUUUGCAAGUGCAAAUGCAACCACUCUCGUUUGUAGACUGGUGUGUGAAAGAUUACACCCCCUCGCUCCCCUCAAAGUUGUCUUUACGAUUCAGUACAUGUAUGUGUUUAAGGAUUGCUCAGAAAUGUCUAUUCAUGCGGACGUUGUUUGACGCGGUGUUGUUGUUCAAUCUGAGGUUGAAGUCAUGCAAUAAAAAAAAAGGAAAGAAAAGUUCAUCAA